CCUUAAUUCCUUACCCAGAAACAUUUCAACUUCAGACCAAAAUCAAAAACCCUAACCCUCCACUCUCACACCACCGUGACAGCGACGACAGCUUUCCUUUCCGCUCCUCUCUUCUUCGACGGCGUUUGGCAGCGUCCUUUCCUUUCAUCUUCUCUCAUCUCUUCUUUGACGGCGGUAGCUUUGCUCUCGUAUCAAUGGCGGCAGCUUUGUUCUCGUAACGACAGCGUCGGCGUUGUUCUACGGCGGCUCGUUGACCGCUUUUCGGCGCGGUGACUGGAUGGCGUUUCCCUCGGCCACAAGCUUUGUUAGUCUGGCCAAUUGACGGUGAAUCGACGGCACGAUAAAGAGCGGUCAUGUCGAACGUGGUGGUUGUAGACAAUGGUGGUGGCCUAAUCAAGGCAGGAAUUGGUGGCGAGAGAGACCCUGCUGCUGUAGUUCCUAACUGCAUGGGCCGCCCACUUUCAUCGAAGAAGUGGCUCAUCGCAGACCAACUCCUUGGCCCAGAUGCUGAUCUCACCUCGGCCACUGCCCGCCGUCCAAUUGACCGUGGCCAUGUAAUUAACCCUGACCUCCAAUCCUCAAUCUGGUCCCACAUCUUCACCACCCUCAAAGUCACCCCCUCACAAUCUUCCCUCCUCCUCACUGAACCCCUAUUCACCCUUCCAUCUAUCCAACGCUCCAUAGAUGAAAUUAUCUUUGAAGAGUUCAACUUCCGGGGACUAUUCGUGGCAGAUUCUCCUUCUUUGGUCCAUCUCUAUGAGGCUUCCCGUAGACCCUAUGGGCUUGUUUCGAAGGCCCAAUGUAGCCUCGUUGUGGACUCUGGGUUCUCCUUCACCCAUGCUGCUCCAGUUUUCCAGAACUUCACUCUCAACUAUGGGGUUAAAAGGUUGGAUCUUGGGGGAAAGGCUCUGAGUAAUUACUUGAAGGAGCUGGUGAGUUAUAGAAGUGUGAAUCUCAUGGAUGAAAGCUUUCUUAUGGAUGAUGUUAAAGAGAAGCUCUGCUUUGUUUCUUUGAAUGUUGCCAGAGAUUUGCAAAUUGCUAGGAAGCCAGGCAGGGAUAAUUUGUUCAGAUGCACGUAUGUACUCCCUGAUGGUGUUACAUAUACAAAGGGUUUUGUAAAAGAACCAGAGGAAGCAAAAAGAUAUAUGAGUCUCUAUGAUCCAAGUCCACUUCAAGCAACAGAAACCCAAAAUAGUGUGGAACAUGGAAAGAAUAAUGAUGACCCUGAUAAUCGAAAAAGGAUUGAUGUGUCAAAAGUUGACUUGACAAAAAAUGAAUUUAGCUUGACAAAUGAGCGAUUCCUUGUCCCUGAGAUGAUUUUCCGUCCAGCAGACUUGGGAAUGAACCAGACUGGACUUGCAGAGUGCAUUGUUCGAGCUGUCAAUUCCUGUCAUUCUUAUCUUCACCCUGUGCUCUAUGAGAGCAUCAUUUUGACCGGUGGAAGUACACUAUUUCCUCGGUUUGCUGAAAGACUAGAAAAUGACCUUCGCCCUCUUGUCCCUGAUAAAUAUCGUGUGAAGAUUACAACACAAGAAGAUCCUAUACUUGGUGUAUGGCGUGGUGGAUCACUUUUGGCAUCAAGUCCUGAUUUUGAAACGAUGUGUGUAACCAAGGCUGAGUAUGAAGAACUCGGAUCCGCACGCUGUCGUCAGAGAUUCUUCCACUAGAUUGCGUUUAUUACUUGAAAAUACUAGUUUGAGGUGGUUGCCCUAUCUACCAUCUGGUCUACUGAAAUUUCCUGAGCGGUGAAGGUGAAAUUUGGUCUACAAAUAUAUCACCAAUGCCCAACCACACAGAGAGGAGUGUUCAGUGGUCAAAGUACUCCCGUGCAAAAAUUGCUUAGCUCAGUCUCUCUGAUGCUUUGGUAAUGUAUUCAAUCUCUCGGAUGCUUUGGUAAUGUACCGAGUCAGAAAGGAGCCAAGGAGACGAUGGCCCUUUGGGGGGUGUGUUGACAAAAGCUCAAAUGUUUAAUGGUUAGCAAUAGGGCUGUUAGUAACUUUUAUAGUUGCAUAAUUGCUCCAGUAAUCAGAUUGUGAGUUGUGUGAAUAGGGCUGGAGUGGUUUGUAUAGUCAUACUUUGGAAGAGAUCAUUUGCCCUUUUUUCAUCUGUACAGGUACACUUGCUGGAGACUCUUAUUGCCUCCGGAUCCCAAAUUGGGAAUGUUUUAAAAGGAAAAACUACUUUGAGAGUUUGAGGACUUUUAAA